UGGCUGUAGUGUUCCAGGGAAUCGGAGAAAUGAAUAAGGAAGCAGCUAAGUAAGGUCGAAUAUUCAGUUUCUUCGUAUGACACGGCAUGGGUAGCCAUGGUCCCUUCUCCUGGGUCUCCUCAAACUCCGUGCUUCCCUCAGUGCGUCGAUUGGAUGUUACAAAAUCAAAAUUCUAAUGGAUCCUGGGGACUUGACCACAUUCAUCCCUCUUUGAUGAAAGAUGCUCUAUCUUCCACAUUGGCAUGUGUACUUGCGCUCAAGCGAUGGAAUGUGGGUGAAGAGCAUGUAAGAAGAGGGCUACGUUAUAUUGGAUCUAAUUUGUCAUGUAUUCUGGAUGAGAAUUAUCAGUCUCCUGUCGGCUUCAAUAUCAUUUUCCCUAGCAUGCUUGAACUUGUCAUCGAUUUGGGUUUAGAUAUUCCCAUAAGUCAGCGUGCUAUUCAGGAUAUUCUUUGCCUUCGAGAUUUAGAAUUGAAAAGGUCAGGCACGAUGGUUAUUCCAAUGUAAAUUUUGUUUGAAUCUUAUAUCAUAAAUUUCACUCAGUAUGCAAAAAUUUUUUGUAACUGGCAUUUAUGUUGUGAUACGUAUAUUGAUUUUUUAGGGAUGCAGCACACAAUUCCGAGGGACGAAAAGCAUACAUGGCAUAUGUAUCCGAAG